UUCCAGCUGGUUCGGACUAUCAACUCUCUUUGUACAUCCAAUAACUUCCCUUUUCUUAAUAAUAAUCCCAAUAAAUAUUCACGCCUAUCGUUUCUAAUCUCCCGAUUUAUUUUGGCUCCACAAUAAUUUUUUUCGUACCCCCAACACAACCGUAUCUCGACAUUUUUAAUCGCGCUAAUGGACUAUAAGGGAGAAAUUUAAAUAAAAAGGACAAUUUUCUAAAGUCCGAACGCGAAAAUAUAGAAUAAAAAAGCAUAUUUCGAAGAGCGGAGGCAAUAAAUGACUGGGGUCAUGUGACCGGGCGCGGCCAAUGAGGGAGCACCGUGCCAACGCUGUAUGGAAGUGAAACGAAGCUUCGUUUCCUAUGUCUGUGUUUAAGGCAGGCUUUGUCUAGAACGUCUCGAAUCGAGGUAAAUCAUGGAAAGCAAGAACCAUCCGGCAUUGCAAGGAUACCAACAAGCGACACAUAACAUCUCAAAAGGGGGAACUGGAAUCCAAGAUGAAAAUGGAUUAAAUGAUGUGGACUCACUCACUACUGAAGAUGAAAUAUCUUUGGAACCAGUUAAUGGUGUCGUUCAGCCACCUUUUAUACCUACAAAUAAACCACACAGAAAUACAAAUCAGUUGCAGUUUUUUCUAAAAGUAGUUAUAAAAGCUAUAUGGAAGCAUCAGUUUGCUUGGCCAUUUUAUGAACCAGUGGAUGCUGUGAAAUUAAACAUACCAGUAAGUGAUGUUGUCCUGAUGGCUCAGACACUUGAAAAACUUUUCCUUACCAAAUUAGCAGACAUGCCCAAGGAAGAAGUAGAAAUCGCCAUGCCUACUCCCAAAAUUCCUGGUGCAAAAGGCAGAUGGAAGAAGGGAAAAGGGGGUGGUCGUGGAAGAGCAGGAAGCUUAACUCCUAUUCAGCAAGAUACGUCAUCUCAGCCACCCAGUUCGACAAUGCCUCAUAACGUACCAUCUCCUAUCAAUUGUCAGUCACCUCAACCUCCUCCCACAAGUAUAGUUGCACCAAUGUCUAUUCCAGGAAGUACAAAUACUCCCACAACAAUAUGUGCAUCUAUGAAUUCCACAAAUACCAUACCUGCACAUCAAACGGUGAAAUCUUCAUUAUACGGUAGUGUUCCAGACUCUGUAGUUAGCGGUAUUACUCCUGUAAAUAGCAUAGCACAAGAUGGACAAAUGCAGCUUUCAUCACAACCUCCUCCUCCGUUAUUAUCACCUGUUAAUCAGUCUGUUGGAGCCUCAUCUGUUCUUGUUUCACCAUCAGUACAAACAGGUCCAUCAAAGGCAAGAAGAGGAGGUGUGAAAAGAAAAGCUGAUACUACGACACCAACUGCAAAUUCAGGAUAUGAUCAGAUAAAUACAUCAGUUUCUGAAGCAAAGUUAUCAAAAAUUUCUACUAGGAGAGAGAGUGGUAGACCAAUAAAGAAACCUUUAAAAGAUUUGCCUGAUACACAGCAACAUAGCACAAAACCAAAGAAAGGAAAAUUGUCAGAACAAAUGAAAUAUUGCAACAGUCUUUUAAAAGAACUUUUUGCAAAGAAGCAUGCAGUAAGUGAUAGGAUUAUACAAAAAAUGGAUAAUAGAGAAUAUAGAUGUCCUGAAGAAUUUGCAUCUGAUGUUCGAUUAAUAUUUACAAAUUGUUACAAGUAUAAUCCACCAGAUCAUGAUGUGGUUGCAAUGGCAAGAAAAUUACAGGAUGUUUUUGAAAUGAGAUAUGCCAAAAUGCCAGAUGAACCACACUCAAUUGAAUCAUCUCAGACCGCAUCUGGAGAGAAAGGUGAUGAAUCUAACAGUAGUACAACUCCCAGUUCAGAAUCGACUGGAACCUCCUCCUCUUCAGAUUCUGAAGAUAGUGAAGAGGAAAGGGAAAGGAAGCUUCAGCAAUUACAAGAACAGCUUCGAAAAGUGACAGAACAGAUAAGUUUACUAGCGGCUGAGAGCAGGAAACGUGACAAAAAGAAAAAGAAGAAGAAAAGAAAAGAAAAAGAAGACAUAAAAGAAGUAAAAGUAGAAGAGGAAACUCCUUCUACUGAAAUAGCAAAUACUGCACCAUCUGUUACCCAAAAUCAGGUGAAGCCUCCAAAAACAAUGAAAAAUAAAAAUAAUAAUUCUAAUAAAACAACAAAUCAAAAUAAAAAUUCGGGAAAUCAACAGAAACGACCAAGGACUAAUAAUAAAACACCCAAAAAAAGUAAAAGCAUUCCUUCAUUCGAGAGUGAAGAUGAAGAUAAUGCAAAACCAAUGUCUUACGACGAAAAGAGGCAGUUAAGUUUAGAUAUUAAUAAACUUCCAGGAGACAAGUUAGGAAGAGUAGUUCACAUUAUCCAGUCGAGGGAGCCAUCACUUCGAGAUUCUAAUCCAGAUGAAAUCGAAAUAGAUUUUGAAACCUUAAAGCCUUCUACAUUAAGGGAACUUGAAGCAUACGUUGCAUCAUGUUUAAGGAAAAAACCUAGAAAACCAUACGCAGCCAAAAAAGUAACCGGUAAGACGAAGGAAGAACAAGUCCGUGAAAAGAAACAGGAGUUGGAAAAAAGAUUACAAGAUGUUAGUGGCCAGCUCGGAACAUCAGGGAAGAAACCCACGAAAAAGGAAUCUGAAAACUCCCAUGUUGAUGUGGUUAGUGGUACAAGUCGUCUCAGUGCAAGUAGUAGCAGUUCCAGUGAUAGUGAUAGUAGUAGUAGCAGCAGCACAAGUAGUUCUUCAGAUAGCAGUGAUUCAGAAUCAGGCCUUAAACAUAGUUAACAAAAAAUUAAAAGUGUUUGAUCAAGAAGAAGAAAAAUUAGACUAUUGAAUCUCUGCUGUGAUCUGUAUUUAGAAGAGGAACUGAAAAAGAGAACACUCCAUGGCACUCCCUUUGUAUAUCUAGAUAAAUUAUAUAUAAGCAAAUCAUUUUGAUAUGUGACUUGUCUCUUUAGAAUAUAAUGAUAUUGGAUGUUUCUGUUUGCAAGUUGGCAAACUAAUGUUCUCUGACAUCAUCUAGUCUGUUGCAAGAGUGCCAAGUGGUUACAUCCAAGAUACUGGAAUCAGUUCUAAACAGAGCAAGUCAUAAUGUCAAAAGCAUAUUGUAAAGUCAACCGGCAUUCGUCACCGAGCAUUGUCAUAUUUAUGAAAACCAUCUAGAGGAGAUUUGGCGGAAAUCUUCAAAUUCCCAUUAUGCAUUGAUUUUAUAAUAAUUAUCCCUUAAAAAAUCAUCACAAAACAAUUUUUUUUACUCUGCAAUUAUUUGAUGUGCAAAUCCAAAUGACAUGUAUUUUUGCUUUCUUUUUAUAAUUAUUUAUUAUUGCUCUUUGUACAUAUCCACUAAGAAAUUCUAUUUCUUGUGGUACAAAAGACUUCCACGGAAUUGUCUUCUGUCAGUGAUGGAAAGCACACGCUUUGGCACUUCCCACAUCGUUCGAGAGUGCACGUGGCAUUUUUAUCACACAUAGGAAGGAGUUUUCUACAUCAAUUGUUCGUAAAACUAAACUUCCAGUUUUUGCUGGACAAAGUAAGUAUAUUUUGUUUUCUUAUUGAUAAAUACCAAAUGUAUUUUCAAUAACAAAACAAAGACAUCUCGAUCACUGACUCAAAACAUCUCAGUUAAAGAUAUAAUACGCACUCUCUUUUGACGGAGUGUGGUUUUUGACUAUCAUCGUUUCAAUCAUCACGAUCACAUCAUCUUUCAUUGUCAUCCUCAUUUGCAUCUUAAUUGUCGUCUAGUGUGGUUACAUAUAGUGUUCAUGCGUAGCUAUACACAGAUUGUAAUAUACUGUAUUUGUCUAGCUUCGACUGUAUUUGUUGGUACUAAUCAGCAAUAAGCCUUUUUUCAUCAUGUUGAAUAGCUACGAUUUCAUAGCAACAUGAACACAAAUAUCAAGAUGAUGUGUAAAUAUUAGGUAAUAUGACAGUAUUCAUGAAUCAUUCUUGAUAUUCUCAUCAGCUUGAUUGUGUCAAAAUUUGUUCCACUGCUUUACUGUACAUUCUUUGAUUCUAUUAAAUAAAUCGUGCUGUUCUUAACUUUUGAAAAAA